AAAAAGCCGUGCUUGGCAAGCGAACGCCGCGCCCAGGCGGUCGUCUCCCAUCGCGUGGGCACGCGGCGGACCGAGGCGGACCCCGCGGCCGGCGCAGGGCCGACACCGGCGCCGCGGCCGCGCUCUGGGGGCUGCCCCACGAAAGCUGCCCCCCACGCCGCCGCCGCGCCGGAAGCAACGAGCAGAAUGCGCCUCCUCAUCACGCGGCCGCGCAUCCAGUACGACAGCACGGCCGUCUACGAGCCCUUGGACGUCGAGUACAAGAGCGAAGACUUGCUCGUGAGCGAGCUCAAGAACAUGAUCUACAAGCGCCAGCUCAUGCUCUCGACGGGGGAAGAUAGGAAGCUGCCGAAGGAGGACUCGCCGGUGGCGCUCGAGCCGCACGACCAGAUUCUGUUGAUUCGCAAAUUCCGGGACGCGCACAUGCAGGGCGUUUUACUGGAGGACCACCGUUCCUUGAAAUUCUACGGGUUGAUCGACAAGGUCGAGUCGAACCUGUUCCUGGCGCGGACGAACCCCUUGAAAAAUGAGAUCGCGGAGCUGCUGCUCAUUGAUGGUCAUAGUUUAACGCCGCACCAGAAGAAGCGCAUGCAGGAGGCCUGCGCGACGCAGGACAAGCAUUAUUAUAGGCACUGCAUGCAGAUGUAG